ACAGCAGUCUCCCAAACAUCUGGGAGCUCUCCCGUCCUCGGUGCUCAUGCUCCAGAUGUUCUGGGCCGCUGAAAGGUGAGGACUGGGCCGGGUGCGUUCACUCAGUUGAGUGGGUAAAGCGAACAUGUUUGGGACGCGGCCCGCCUUAGGAGGCUGGAACAGGGCGUUUCCGCGCUGAAGGGGACGCGGCCCGUCUGGUUCCUGUCUCGGUCAUAUGUCGGGGCUCCUGGUGCUCGCAGCGGCGGUUCCACAGACAGAGUUCAGAGUUCGAGCAGCGCGUUGUCCGGGUCAGCUGAAGCCCCCCAGCAGCGGAGAGGAUGCCGGCGGUGUCUAAAGGGGACGGGAUGCGCGGACUGGCCGUGUUCAUCUCCGACAUCAGGAACUGUAAAAGUAAAGAGGCCGAGAUAAAGAGGAUAAACAAGGAGCUGGCAAACAUCCGCUCCAAAUUUAAAGGAGACAAGGCGUUGGAUGGCUACAGUAAAAAGAAGUAUGUCUGCAAGCUGCUCUUCAUCUUCCUUCUGGGCCACGACAUCGACUUCGGGCACAUGGAGGCCGUCAACCUCCUGAGCUCCAACAAGUACACGGAGAAGCAGAUCGGUUACCUCUUCAUCUCAGUGCUGGUCAACUCCAACAGCGACCUGAUCCGCCUCAUCAACAACGGCAUCAAAAACGACCUCGCCAGCCGCAACCCCACCUUCAUGAACCUGGCCCUGCACUGCAUCGCCAACGUGGGCAGCAGAGAGAUGGCGGAGGCGUUCGCCUCGGAGAUUCCCAGAGUCUUAGUGGCCGGGGACACGAUGGACAGCGUGAAGCAGAGCGCAGCUCUGUGUCUGUUACGGCUCAACAGGACGUCGCCCGACCUCGUGCCCAUGGGCGAAUGGACCGCACGGGUCGUCCAUCUGCUGAACGAUCAGCACCUGGGCGUGGUGACGGCAGCCACCAGCCUCAUCACCACUCUGGCCCAGAAGAAUCCGGAUGACUUUAAGACCUCCGUGUCACUGGCGGUGGCCCGGCUCAGCAGGAUCGUGACGUCGGCGUCCAUCGACCUGCAGGACUACACCUACUACUUUGUGGCUGCCCCGUGGCUGUCCGUCAAACUGCUGCGCCUGCUGCAGUGCUACCCUCCUCCAGAGGACGCCGCUCUGAGAAGUCGUCUCACCGAGUGUUUAGAGACCAUCCUCAAUAAAGCCCAGGAACCUCCGAAGUCCAAGAAGGUCCAACACUCCAACGCCAAGAACGCCGUUCUGUUUGAAGCCAUCGCCCUCAUCAUCCACCAUGACAGCGAGCCCACCCUGUUGGUACGAGCCUGUAACCAGCUGGGCCAGUUCCUCCAGCACAGAGAAACCAACCUCCGUUACCUGGCGUUGGAGAGCAUGUGCACGCUGGCCAGCUCCGAAUUUUCCCACGAGGCCGUGAAGACGCACAUGGAGACUGUGAUCAACGCUCUGAAGACGGAGAGAGAUGUGAGUGUUCGCCAGCGCGCCGUGGAUCUGCUCUACGCCAUGUGCGACCGCAGCAACGCCAAGCAGAUCGUGGCAGAGAUGCUGAGCUACCUGGAGACCGCCGACUACUCCAUCAGAGAGGAGAUAGUGCUCAAAGUGGCCAUCCUGGCGGAGAAGUACGCCGUGGACUACACCUGGUACGUGGACACCAUCCUGAACCUGAUCCGCAUCGCUGGGGACUACGUCAGCGAGGAGGUCUGGUACCGCGUCAUCCAGAUCGUCAUAAACCGAGACGACGUCCAAGGUUACGCCGCCAAGACCGUGUUUGAGGCGCUGCAAGCCCCCGCCUGCCACGAGAACCUGGUGAAGGUGGGCGGGUACAUCCUGGGGGAGUUCGGUAACCUGAUUGCUGGUGACUCGCGCUCCAGCCCUCUGGUCCAGUUCAAUCUCCUUCACUCCAAGUUCCACCUGUGCUCUGUGCCGACUCGGGCGCUGCUGCUGUCGGCGUACAUCAAGUUCAUCAACUUGUUUCCAGAAGUGAAAGCCACCAUCCAGGACGUCCUGCGCUCCGACAGCCAGCUGCGCAACGCAGACGUGGAGCUUCAGCAGCGAGCCGUCGAGUACCUGAGGCUCAGCUGCAUCGCCAGCACCGACAUCCUGGCCACCGUCCUGGAGGAAAUGCCGCCGUUCCCGGAGAGGGAGUCCUCCAUUCUGGCCAAGCUGAAGAAGAAGAAAGGACCCGGAAAACUGCCAGACAUGGACGAUAGUCGCCGCAGCGUCAACGGCAGCACGGAGCACAGCGAGAACACCGACACCACGAACAAGAGCUCCACCCACUCUUUUACGGAUGUCCUGAAUCUAAACCCCGCCCCCUCAUCAGGAGCCAAUCUGCUCAUCGACGUGUUUUCCGAGAGCUCCGCCCCCGCUGCAGCCACAGACGUAUCGGAGGAGAACUUCCCCAGGUUUGUUUGUAAGAACAACGGCGUGAUCUACGAGAACCAGCUGUUACAGAUCGGGCUGAAGUCUGAGUACCGGCAGAACCUCGGUCGCAUGUAUGUGUUCUACGGAAACAAGACGUCCACCCAGUUCCUCAGCUUCUCCUCCUCAGUGAGCAGCAGCGACGCGCUCAAGUCUCAGCUGAACGUCCACUCGAAGGCGGUCGACCCCAUGAUAGAGGGCGGAGCUCAGAUGCAGCAGAUCCUGAACAUCGAGUGUGUGUCAGACUUCAGCGAUGCGCCGGUGCUCAACAUCCAGUUCAGGUAUGGUGGGGCCCUGCAGAACAUCGCUGUGAAGCUCCCCGUGAUGCUCAACAAGUUCUUCCAGCCCACAGAGAUGAUGUCGCAGGACUUCUUCCAGCGCUGGAAGCAGCUCGGAGCUCCUCAGCAGGAGGUCCAGAAAAUCUUCAAAGCCAAACACCCGAUGGACACCGAGGUCGCCAAGGCCAAGAUUUUAGGUUUCGGCGUCGCUCUGCUGGACGGCGUCGAUCCCAAUCCUGCGAACUUUGUCGGAGCGGGAGUCGUUCACACGAAGACCACUCAGGUGGGCUGCCUGCUCAGACUGGAGCCCAACGUGCAGGCUCAGAUGUACCGCCUCACGCUCCGGACCAGCAGGGACUCGGUGUCUCAGAGACUCUGCGAGCUGCUCUCAGAGCAGUUUUAGACUCGCCGCCUCUCACACCUCAGCUCCUGUACAGUGUAAAGUCUUUUUUAUUUUUCUUGCUUUACAUCUGAAUGAAUCCAAAUGUAUUUUUGCACACAGCUUUACUAAUCACACUGCUUUAAUCGUCCCUCACUGUGAGCGCCUCGCUGCAGGUCCCGACUCUGCCGCCUUUCCCUUUAGAGAACAAUCCCACCAAUCGCACGCCUUCAAACCAGAAUCGCUCGAUCAGAGGUCGGCGUCGUUUACCUCGGGAGGAAAAGCCGCAGCUUUUCUGUCUUUGGUGUAACAACGACUUCAGAUGCUUGGGGCGGUUCUGCUUUUGCACAUAAAUUUUACACGAUAAUUCAGCAAAGACAAAAAGUCCUCGUAGAACACUAGCUAGGAUCUUCUUAUUGUGCUGGAGGUCAUGAGGUCAUGGGAGCGCGUCUGUUCUUCUUGUGCACCUCUGAACCGGUUGGCUCGCUUUCAGACACCAAACGGGAAUGCUGCUCCUCCAGCCACGGAUCCAAGCUUCCCGUUUGGAGCGGGACUUCCAGGGAGCCAUCUAGGAAUCUGCAGCAGGUGCAGAGGUGAACAAGGAGACGGCUUUGUAGGUUUGAAGGGGACGCGGCCCAAAGGUCAUGAGUAAAGGUGGCCUUUGACCUCGCCUCGUUCUUACCUCCAGACGGUCGAGUCUGUGAACGUUUGUUACUGAGAACAUAAAGGCCUUACAAAGAGCCUCAAUCACUGCCUCACACACUACGUUUGCCUUAAAGCACCGCUGCACUCUUCACAUUUCUGUCGCUGUUUGCUGAAUCUCCUGCGUUUGUGUGACGUGUCCUCAUCCUGAUCUGCGACGGCACACGUGACGAGUACAGAGCGAGCGUCCACGCGUGGGCUUCAGCCUCACAGACGUCGAUGUGACAGAAAAAAACGCUGUUUCCGGUGUUUACGCCUCACGCGGCGCCGUUUCGGCUUCAGGUUCACGAAAAAGUCUCCAUCGUUUUAAAGGAGACCGUCAGACGCCUCACCUGCAGUGCCUUCAAGGUGAACUCUGUUCAGCCUCUUUUACACCUGUGCCUUCAUCGGCUGCUGACCCCGCAGCUCGCCCCUGCUGUCAGCACACAGUGAGCCAGGUACUCUGAUUUGUGCUAAACAUUAGAGAUGUUGGAGGAACGUCCUGUACGCGGCAGGAAGCAGCUUGUUGAGCCAGCAGGUGAAGCCUGGCCUCUCCCGGCUGCAGUUUGGCACACGUGAGUUUGAGCUUUCAGGAGGCGAUGAAACGAUGUCUGAGCGUUGGUCGGCCCAGCAGGAAGCUCUCAGCGUUCUUCCUCGUUACUGCCCAUAGAGAAGUGUUCAAUGCCACGGGCUCAGUCGUCACGGCUUCACCUCAGAGCGAGGAAACUUUAAGGUCUGACCUCACGCUGUGGCUUCCAGCUCUCGCCGUCGUAGCUGGACGUCCUCUCAGUUUCUGUCCUGAAGCUAAUCUGUAGACGAAGUUUUGCGACCCGUUGAAGCUCCGUGUGGCGGCUCAGGCCGAAGCAGCCGCUCGUCGCGUUUCCUGAACUUUACGUCUUUAAAAUCCGUCGUCGCUCCUGACGGACGCUCGCGCUCAGUCACGUGUGCCUCGCUGAAGGAUCGCACGCCAUCGAAGCAGAAGAAACGGCUGCUGAUGUCACUGUGAUGUCAUUUCAACAUCCAAAUGUGUUUUUACAAAUAAACAUAUU